AGGGCACCACCAGGAGAGCUGCAUGAAGUCAACGAAUCAUAGAAUGGCUUCGGUUGGAAGGGACCUUAAAGAUCAUCGCUUCCAACCUCCUGCCAUGGACAGGGUUAAGGGUCCGGCAGCCCGGGCACACGGAUCAGGAUCUCGAUGAGGGAAAUGAGUGAUAAGAGAAGCGGUUGUUGGAAACCAAAGCGAAUCCCGAAUUUCCAGAGGGAGGGAGGGGGGUGAGGGGGGAAAUGAAAAAACAAGCACACACGGUGGGUCGCCGCAAGUCUCCGGGGGGCAGGAUUUCUCUUCCAUCGCAUGGAAGAGCGAGAUUAAAGAAGAAAGUGGGAGUGGGGUGGGAGGGAAGGGAAGGGGAGGGGGGGGGGAGGGGGGGGAUGAACAAAGGAGAUUGGCAGCACAGCUGUUUUGGGAAGAAAAAAAAAAAAAAAAAAGCCAGCCUUCCUGUUUCUUUAAAGCCGCUCAUCUGCGCGGCGGGCCGGCUGCCGGCGGGGAGAGGCGGGCUGCAGGGAGCCGCGCACGGACUGACGGACGCACGGACGGACGCACGGAGCGAGCCGGGGCUCCGCUGCCCGACGCGGCCGAGCGGGCGCAGAUGGGCGGCGGCGGCGGGAGGAGCGGGGCGGCGGCGGCGGCGGCGGCGGCAGCACCGGGAGCGGAGCGGCGGGGCGGGCGCUGAGCGCAACCGCGCAUUGCCCCGCGCCAUGCGGAGCACGCCGCUGGCCGAAGGCGAGCCCUGGCCUCGCCUCUGUCCCGCCGCCGAGCUCGGGGGGCUGCGGCGGCUGAGACGCAAACACGGCUGCAAAAGUUUCCGCGUGGAGCUCAAAGUGCUGAGCGGGAGGCGGCCGGGGCUCCGCGCACCCCCCGCUUCUCCGCCGCCUCCCCCGGCUCCGCCGCCCGCUUGGGAACCGCGCGGAGCCGCCGCGCUCGGAGCCGCCGCCGCCGCCAGCGCCUUCCCCGCCGCGCCGCCGCCUCCGCCGCCCCCCGCCGCCGCCCGCCCGCAGCCUCCGCCGCCGCCUCCCGCCGCCUCCCCGCGCCCGCGGCCGGGCGAGGCUGCCGGCGUCUCGCCGGAGAUCAAAGCCCUGCAGCAGACGCGGCGGCUGUUGGCCAACGCCCGGGAGAGGACCCGCGUCCACACCAUCAGCGCCGCCUUCGAGGCGCUGCGGAAGCAGGUUCCCUGCUAUUCUUAUGGUCAAAAGUUGUCCAAACUGGCCAUCUUGAGAAUAGCCUGUAACUAUAUCCUUUCCCUGGCCAGACUAGCAGACCUGGAUUACAGCGCUGACCACAGUAACAUGAGCUUCUCUGAAUGCGUGGAGCAGUGCACUAGGACCUUACAAGCAGAAGGAAGAUCUAAAAAAAGGAAGGAACUUGGGACCACCACAACCAGUCCAAGUCCUGGCAAAAAUCAAGAUGGGAUGGGCCCAGAGAGAUUAUGUCUACCCGAGUGGAAGCCCUGGCCACCAUAUUUGCACAUUAAGUGGCUUCAUCUCUGCUCAUUUGUGUGUUGGUGUCAUCAUUUUGGCCUCACCCUGAUGCAAACUCACGCUAACCAUUUUUGAUGGUCUUUAACACAGCUUUUAAUAGUUCUUUGUUCACAGUGCUGGCAUCAACAUUGGCAUCAUCAGUGUAAUCCCAGGUGUGUGGGAACACAACCAAGUGUGCAGGAACAUCACCAACACAACCGCAUCACACCUCACCAGACUCAGCAAGAGCCCACUGGACUCACCUGGGCACCUGCUCAGCUAUACAUGACCAGGUUGACUCGUAGGUGCUUCCAUGAUCAGGUAAAAUUGCUUUGGUAGGCUGGAGCUGGCCCCCACAUCUCCAGUUCAUUGUCCCUGCUCAUAUUGGGGUAUUUCCAUGCUGAAAUAGGAUGGCAGGAAGGUGACAUGGAGAGCUCUACCCAAGCCAAGCUGAUGAAAUGCAAGCCAGAUCCUGCUGAUAACUGCAGAGUGGUGCCUGAAUUAAUAUCCCCUGCCUUUCUGCACAGCUUUUACAUAAUAAUUCUCAAGCACCACGAUCUGGCUUUUAAACACAUGCCCCUUAGCAUGCCUUAGGGCAGACUUCAGCCUAUGGAACCUUUCAUUCCUCUGAGAUAAUCUGGAGCAGUGAACAAAAUUCCCACUGACUUGGAUAGUGUGCAAAAAGGGGGUUCAGCGUUGCAGAUCCAGGUUAGUGUCAUCAAAGGAGCUGAUGGCCUGUUGCAGACAGAGCCAGAAAGGAAGUUAACCCGUCAGUGAAGAAAAAAGAUUUCAGUCUAAACCGUUCAGUGGAUAUGAAUAGGUGGCUGUUAAAACAGAAGUCAUCACUUGAGCUUGUUGAAAUACUGGCAUGAAGAAACAAAGUCCCCAUUGCAUCUAUCCUCCACCAAGCUGCCCUCCUUGCCAAGGGUUGAAAUUGGGGUGUCAGGAUGGCUGUGCCUAAAUCAAUUUCCUAACUUGUGUGCAUCAGCCCAGUUCUCCCAUAAAGCAUUACCAUUAGCCACAUCAAACAUCUCUGUCAUUAACUGACAGCACACGGGUGCUGCCUGACAGAUGCCAGCACUAACAGUCUCCCUACAGGCUCAAAGCACUUCUGUUACACACAGUGGGCCAAGACUAGCUCUUUGAAAGUGGAAGGUGGGAUGCAUGACUUCCUCAAAGAAUCACAGAAUCCUCAAGGUUGGGAAAGACCAUUAAGAUCAUCUAGUCCAGCCCCAAUCCAUCCCCACCGUACCCACUAACCCAUGGCCCUCAGUGCUACAUCCACCCUUUUCUUGAACACCUCCAGAGACAGUGACUCCACCACCUCCCAGGGCAACCUGUUCCAAUGCAUCACCACUCUUCCUUAGAAGAAAUUUUUUCUAAUGUCCAACCCAACACCCUCAUCUCCCUUUGGUGACCUGAUGGCCCAACUUUGCUUGCUGCUGCUUUUGUAGGAUUCACUCCCUCUGUCUACAGCCUGGAGGACCAUCUAUACCUCCUGGAGGAUCUCCAUAACCUCUAUGGGUAUGGAGAACCAUCUUACACACAUAACUAGGACAACACAUAAUCUAAGCAAGACAACGUGGAUCCCUCCCAAAUUGUCAUAUUAACUGCGUAUACACACAUAUGCACCCAAAUCCACCUUGGCUUUCAGAUGCAAUGUUUCACAGGCAUUUCCCUGGGAGUUUCCCAGCUGCUGCCCUGCUCUGUGUUGUAGUGGCACCAGUUACGCUGCAGCUGUAAGAUGUGUAUGGCAAUUAUUAGUAAUUGUAUUCACUUACUCCAUAUAAAAAUAUCAGCACAGUUACAUGAAUGAUUUGUGUAAUGAUAUAUUUGCUGUUAUUAGGACCUAAUAUGUUAUGCCUGUAAUUACAUACUAUGUCCCAUAUAAUAGGCCUGGAAUUGCAGUGUAAAUUUUGGGUAAUUAUAGAAAACUAUGCUACAAACAGGUCCCGCUAGACCAAGUCACACAUUCACUACCAGGAAAUAACCGUUAUUAAAGGUUCUACAAUAGACAAACCGAUAUGAAAGCCAGAAACGAUCUGAACAUACAGCAGUAAUGACGAGAAAAGAAAGAUCAUGGGAGUAUGUUAGAGGGAGAAAUAAACAACACAGCGGAGCAAGAGAA